UGGAUGAGCUGAGAGGUAUAUAUAGGAGGAAGAUGCACGCCUUGAACCAGAGACCAGUCCACUGUGUUACUGCCUCAGCAAGAGACGCAGAGCGAGAGAGAAAGAGUGAGAGCGCGAGAGAGAGAGAGGAAGGAACACAAUAAACAGAACAAGAAGAAAUAAGAGAUAAAAGACAGAAAGUAGACCAGAGAAUCAGUCUCUGGUGGUCUUUGCAAGCGAGCACCCCAGUGCGGACGAACACACAGCAACCCACAGAGAGCCAUCCAGCCAGCCGUGAUGCGUGUGUUGCCAGUACUACUGCCCCUGCUGCUGUGUGUGGCGGGAGGGCUGAGCCAGGUGAGGGCGGAGGUGAAGGCGGUGAAGCUGUGUGGCAGAGAGUUCCUCAGGGCCGUCAUCUACACUUGUGGUGGCUCCCGCUGGAGACGGCUCGUCAACGAACAAGAGCAGCUGGAGGGUUUGGCCAAUGAGGAGAAGAGUCCGAGCAAUCUGGAGGACCUGAAGGCCAGUCUGGGGUCAGAGUUCAGCAGACGGGACCUGAACAACAUGCUGACCACCAUGUGCUGCCAGGUGGGCUGUAGGAAGAGCGACCUCACUUACCUCUGCUGAAGCCUGAGUGGGCUUCCUCUCCUUCCCUCUCCAAAACAGACUCCCAGAGGACAAAGCAGUUGAAAUUAUGUCAUUGCAACCAGUUUUGGCCGCUGGGCUCGUUCUCUUACUCUCGAAACCUGCCCUGCUGCUUUAUUCCUAGAAACAGAAAUAGAAAAACACAUUUGGAAGUAAAUGGAAGGCUCAGGAAAAACAGAAUGUUAGGUAUCAUAUAUCAUCAACCGUUUCAGACAAUCACAAUACUUGCACAGAACAAUCCAAAAUAGAUGUUAUGAAAUCAAGUUUUUAGAUAGAGCUUUUUAGGUAGUUGUAACUUGUGGUUAUCAUAGGUUUAGCAUUUGAAACAUAUUAUUAGUGUUUGAGAGAAACUUGUACUUGUUGUGCUGAUGUGUGUGGAUGACAUUGAGCAGGGAGGGAGCUGUAUUUCCUGGAGAUUGUUUUUCAUGGAGACACAGGAAGAAACCAGCCUCUUUUAUGUGUCGAUGAUGAGAGAGUUAAGAACCAAAGCUGAAUUCAGAGGCUUUCAUGUAACUUCUUGAAAAUACUUAUCUUGAUCGUACUGUAUAUUUUGC